ACGGAGUGCAUGGCAAGUCAGGUUGAGCUUGAAGCGCAUCCACACUUAAUUGCUCUCGGAUGGAGUGGAGAAUUUAAGCAGGGUCCAAUAAGAAAACUCACGCUUUUCCAAACGCGUUUAAGUGCAACUUAUUUAGGAAACUCCGUUGUGUAGCGCAGCGAGUUUGUGAUAAUGCAUUUAUCAUUCUGCUGACGAACUCAUGAAAGCAACGCUGACCGCCGAGCUUUUGUCGUUUGCCUCGGAGUGUUACAACAAAGUGUUAGGAAUGUCAGCUGUUCUUGCUCUUACUAGCCUGGUUCUGAUGCUCUUCACAACAAGUGUCAGGUCUGAGUCGGCAGAGCUGAGGUUCCAGGGCCAGAUUCAGUUUGUUGUAAAUGAGAGCAGCAGAGCUAUAGUGCGACUUGUGGUGGAACGAGUUGGAGAUCCAGUUAAUGUUACGGCUUUGGUUCUGUUGGAAGCUGAAGACACUGGUGACUUUGAGGCUACAACUGCUGCUGCUUUUCUCCUGUCCUCUGAAAGUAGUAAAACCAUCUUCAUCGCUGUUAAGGAUGAUGACUUACCUGAGGCUGAUGAGACUUUUGUCUUCAACCUCUGCCUACAGAGUUCCUCAAAUGGCGUGACACUAGGAAUUCCAAAUACUGCCACCAUCACCAUACUGUCCAAUGACAAUGCCUUUGGAAUCAUCUCCUUCAACUCAACCACCCUUAUUACUGUGGAGGAGCCAAGAGGUAGGAGUCAGUUUGUGCCCUUAACACUCCUCAGAGAGAAAGGGACCUAUGGAACUGUGACAGUAAACUUUGAGAUUUUUGGAGGCCCAAACUCUGCCAGUGAGGAUCUCAGUCCAGAAAUGGGGAACAUCACUAUUCCUCCUGGUCGUGCUGUUGUAGUUUUCAGCGUCAUGAUACAAGAUGACAAGAUUCCAGAAGAUGAUGAGAUCUUCACCCUGCAGUUGACAGAAACAGCUGGUGGAGCUUUGCUCAAUCCUUACAGAAGCAGUGUGCAAAUCAAGAUCUCCCGUAAUGAUGCUCCAGUCCGGUUCUCCAAGCCCACUGUAAUUGUACCGGAGAACGUUGGAGUUAUCUCUCUAUCUGUAACACGUGGUAGAACCGAGGAUGGUCUUCUGAUUGGUUCUGAUGACAGAACAGUUUCUUUAGCCUAUGCAGUCAUUACAGGCAGUGGGGGGGCCAGUGCAACACCGAUGGCCGAUUUUGUGGAUCUACAGGUGGAAAGGAUGGUUGUUUUUCUUCCAGGGGUUCAUGAAACAGAGCUCAGAUUCAACAUUAGAGAGGACAGCAUUCCAGAAAUUGCAGAGUCAUUCCAAGUGGUUCUUCUAGAAGAGACACUCUUGGGUGAUGCAGUGCUGUUGAUUCCAAGUAUGGUUCAAGUUACCAUUGAGCCCAAUGAUAAGCCUUACGGAGUUUUGUCAAUCAGUCCUUAUCCCACACAAUCACUUAUCAUCAAUGAAGACCUGACCCAAUCAUUUGAGGGCAUCAUCAUUGUGAGGAAUGGAGGAACUCACGGGGCUGUUUCAGUUAAAUGGAAUAUUACAAGAAACUCCAUGGAUAGGACUCUUGUCUCUGCAGACCUUAACCCCACCUCGGGUACGUUGAGGUUUGCAGAGGGUCAAAUGAGUGCUAUACUUCCAUUAAACAUCACUCAGGACAACCUUCCUGAAGAGGCUGAGGCCUUUCUCUUUAGACUGAUCCCAAACUCUGUAGAAGGAGGGGCUGAAGUUGAUGAACCUAUGGAGAUGGUGUUCUACAUCCAAGACAGUGAUGAUUUCUAUGGUCUAUUUAGCUUUUAUCCAAAAGAGAACCAAAGUAUUCAGAGUCAACCAGAGAGCAGAUUCCUGUCACUUAGCUUCCUGAGAGAAGGGGGCACCAUGGGUGAGGUACGACUUACCGUAACUGCUCUUUACAUACCUGCUAGACCUAUGGACUCCUCACGAACUAGGGCAGAUGUGCUGAAUGGUACCAGUGUCAACAGUUUGCUGUUCAGUUCGGGCCAGUCAAGGGCUCAACUAACCAUACCUAUCCGCAAUGAUGCCUUCCUUCAGAAUGGGGCUCAUUUCCUUAUUCAGUUGGAUAGUGUGGAGUUGGUAAACAUCACCCCACCAAUCCCAUCAGUAAGUCCUUGCUUUGGAGGAGCACUGAACAUCUCCCUCAUCAUCACCCCUGACAUUGCUAACGGAGAGAUCGGUUUCAUCAGCAAUCAGACAGUUGUAGGACAGGAACCAGAAUACACAAACUCCAAUUUGAUUACUCUUUACCUGAGACGAGAUGGGACUGAUGGUCUGGCAGUGGUCUACUGGAGUCUGCGGCCCUCUGGUGAAAACAAAGAUGAUGUCACUGAAAGCGACAUUUCACCUUUCACUGGAUUAGUCAAGUUCUUCUCAGGACAAAGUGAAGCAGAAAUAAACAUCACUGUAAAGGCUGAUAAUGUCCCAGAGAUUAACGAAACAGUCAUUCUUACAUUAGACAGGAUAAAUGUGGAAAACCAAAUCCUGAAGACAGGUUUCACCAGCAGAGAAAUUGUCAUUCUGGAAAACGAUGACCCUGGAGGAGUCUUUGAGUUUUCCCCAGUCUCUAAAGGACCCUGGUUUAUCAAUGAGGGUGAGACCGUUGAACUCAGGGUGAUCAGGGAGCAGGGCCAGCUGCUGAACCAGCUGGUAAGAUACACUGUGAUUCCCUCUGGGAAUACUCAGUUUUAUGGGGCCACGGGAAUCCUAGAGUUCCAACCAGGAGAGAGGGAAGUGAUGGUGGCCCUGGUAGCAAAACUUGAUGGUAUUCCAGAGCUAGAUGAGACAUUCUUAGUGGUUCUUAGUAGCCACAGCACACCAGCUAGUCGCCUUGGUAACCGAAGACAAGUCAACAUUACCGUGCAUAAAAGUGAUGACCCAUUUGGGGUUAUUGAAUUCAUUCAGGCUGGCCUAGACUUCACCAUCAAUGAGAGUGAAGCCAUGGAGCCUCAUUCAGCAUCGUACCCCAUUGGGAGGAGCAAGGGUACGUUUGGGAAUGUAUCAGUCAUUUGGGUCCUAAAGCCCAUGCAUUCAGGAGACAUCAGCCCAGUGCAGGGUGAGAUCUUCUUUGCUGAAGGGGAAAACCUGAAGAACUUGGCCUUAUUUUCUGUGCCAGAUGAGAUCCCGGAACAAACUGAAAAUUUUACCAUCACCCUUCUAAAUACAAUGGGUGGAGCAAGACUAGGAAAGAUUUUAAGUGCAAGCCUAAGGAUUCAGGGGAAUGAUGAUCCAAUAUACUUUGCUGAGCCUGUGGUUCAAAGAGUAUGUGAAGGAGGCAUGGCCAAUUUCACCAUCCUGCGAGAUGGACUUGCAAAUUUUAUCACCACAGUGAAGUAUCGGUUUGACUAUGGUGAAGCAUCACCAGAAGACUUCAUUCCACUCAAUGUCUCUAUCUUGGUCUUUGAUCUUAGAGAGUGGAAGAAGAACAUUUCAGUUGCUGUGAUGGAUGAUGACAUACCAGAGACAGAUGAGCCAUUCUACAUAGUUCUCUUCAAUGCCACAGGAGAUGCAGUGGUGUAUGGUCGAGACACUGCUACAGUGGUGAUUGAGGCAAAUGAUGAUGCCAAUGGAAUUUUCUCUUUGGAUUCCACACAGAAGUCAGUGGAGGAGGGAAAAACCAAUAACUUCUAUGUUCUUAGAGAAAGAGGCCACUUUGGCAAUAUCACAAUAUACUGGCAGCUGUUUGCCAAUGACACCCCCCUUAAACCUCAACAAGAAUUUUUUAACACAUCUGGCUCCAUAGCAUUUCCCACUGGAGAGAAGUCAAAACCUAUUGUUCUUGAAGCCAUCUCUGACAAGCUUCCAGAAUUCAAUGAGUUCUACGAGCUCAGACUUAUAAGCAUCUCAGGUGGCUAUCCCGGUGAAGGUGGGAAACUGGCAUUAAAAGACCUCAAUGCAUCAGUUCUCAUUCCUUUCAAUGACGACCCAUUUGGAGUUUUUGCUAUUGACUCUGAUAGUCUGAUGCGUGAGGUGGCAGAAGAUGUCUUGUCGGUCGAUGACAUGAGGGAUGUCACCUCCUUUACCAUAUUUCGCCAACAAGGCACCUUUGGAGAUGUGCGUGUUGCCUGGGAUAUUCUGUCAGGAGCUUUCCCAGAAGGUCUACCACCCAUGGAUGACCUAAUUUUGAAGGCCUCAUUUUCUCAGGCCGUAGAGCUCCAACCACAUGCCAGGAGGCAUCAUGCAGGCACCGAUGCAUUCUUCUUUUCUGGACUUCCAGGAGCCUAUGGGUCGAUCAGUCCAGAUACCCCUUUGCAGGUUCCUCUGAGCUUGGCUAACUUCACACUUUCCGUUUGGCUGAUGCCCAGGCCCAAUACGAAUGGAUUUAUUGUUUCUAAAGGCAAUGGGAAUGGAACUAUUUACUAUGGACUUCAGGUUCAAACCAAUGAAUCUCAUGUUACUGCUGUGCUUCAUUACGCAACCAUUGGGUCUAAUAUCACACAGGUGGCACAAGCUACUGCUGCUAAAUUUGUAGAGGAUAAUUCAUGGGUUCAUGUCAUCAUCGCUGUAGAGGAUGGAAUUAUUGAGUUUUAUCUGGAUGGGAGCCCAAUGCCUGGAGGCAUCAAAAGUCUAAAGGGAGAUGCUAUUAUUAACGAUGUGGCUCCCAUUUGGAUCGGUUCCAACCCAGAUAGUGAACAGCGCUUCACAGGUCUUCUACAAGACCUCCGGCUGUACAGCAGCCGGCUCAACCGCUCAGAGAUUCACGAGCUUCACACCCAACCUGCCAAGAGCGAUCUUCACAAUGUGUCUGGAUACCUAAGCUACAGACAGGAGGAGAAACUGAAGUCGUUUGUGGUGGAGGUACGAGAUGAUAAUGAAGAGGAGGGAGAGGAGGUCUUCUACCUGCAGCUGGUGGCCGUUCAAGGUGGAGCCAGCUUGCCGAUGCCCAGACCUACUGCCGUCCUCAAAAUAAUGAAGAACGAUAAUGCUAAUGGGCUUUUUGGCUUCACUGGUGCCUGCAUCCCUGAUAUAUCUGAGGAGGGCUCCACAAUAUCCUGUGUAGUGGAGCGUACACGGGGUACCCUGGACCACGUCUAUGUAAACUAUACCAUUACUCAGGUUGAUUUGCACACAGACUCGCCAAAUGCCUCAGACUUCGCCAAUUCUAAAGGCACUAUCCAUUUCCUGCCAGGCCAGCGAUCUGAGGUCUUAAACCUGCUUGUUUUAAAUGAUGACCUGCCUGAGGUUGAUGAGCAAUUCCUGGUUAGACUGGUGUCAGCUGAGUCAGGUGAUGGGAAACCAGGUUCCACCCCAACCAGUGGUGCUAGCAUUGACCCAGACAGUGCCAUCAACAAUAUUAUCAUCAAGGCCAGUGACCAUCCAUAUGGCCUGCUGCAGUUUCAAACUGCCCCAGUGCCUGUGGGAAUGAUCAAACCUGCACUGGCAGAGGCACACAUCACUGUUCAAGAAGAGGCUGGUGUGCUUAGUCUACUGGUGGCCAGAGCACAAGGUCUGCUGGGAAGAGUGAUGGUGGCCUAUCGUGCAUCUCCAUUUUCAGCUGUUGGUUCUGAGGACUAUGAGGGACUUCUAGACUUCCUACCUGGUGAGAGACUGAAGUACAUCAAUGUGACUAUUAUAGACAACAUGGUGCCCGAGUUAGACAAAGUUUUCAGAGUGGAACUCUAUAAUCCAAAUGGAGGAGUGGAUCAGUUUCUGACGAGUGAGGGAAGUGGAAGUGGAGAGAGUGACAGUAACUUCUUUCUUACAUGUUUUCACUAUCAUAAUGCUAACCUAGGUGCUGCUGCUCGAAUCACAAUUACCAUCGCUGCCUCUGAUGAAGCUCAUGGGAUCUUUCAAUUCACUGCUGACUCUCUGACUGUGAAUGGCACAGAGCCCGAAGAGGGCAGAAGUACUGUAGUUCUGCAGGUCAUUCGUACCUUUGGUGCUCUGUCCAAUGUGACUGUAAACUGGGAGGCGGAUGCUUAUUCAGAAGGAGAACUUGAUUAUAGAUCAGGCAAUGUGACUUUUAAGGUGGGACAAACUGUUGGAAGCAUCUACAUCCUAAUCUCCCAAGAUGACAUCCCUGAACUUGACAAGAGCUUCAAAAUUCGCCUCUCAAAUGUUUCUCAUGGUCAGCUUGGGAAGGUGACCACAGCCACAUUAACUGUAUUGGCCAGUGAUGACCCUUAUGGACUUUUCGUUUUCUCUGAUGGUAGCAGACCAGUCCGUGUGGCAGAAAGCAAUGCUGUUAUCACCCUGACCAUACAGAGGAGAAAGGGUCUCCUAGGAAAGGUGCGGGUGAUGUACAGAACAUUAAGGGACACUGAUACAGCUCCAUAUAGCACACUAGGAGUGGGUCGAGCAAGCGCAGGCAAUGACUUUGUUCCUGUUUUGGAGUCAGUGACGUUCUUUGCAAAUCAAACUGAAGCAAAUGUGACUCUGAGGGUGCUUGAUGAUGAGGAACCAGAGAGGAUGGAGUCUGUGUUUUUGGAACUCAUUAAUGUCACAUUGGUUGAAGGAGAACAAACCAGACCAGUUGCUUUUUCCCCUCGACUUGGUCCACGUACUGCCACAGUUACCCAGGUUAUUAUAGAGUCCAGUGAUGAUGCUUUUGGUGUGCUACAACUGACUUCUUCAGCAGUGAGCGUGCAUGAGUACUACAAUGGGCCUAUUAUAAAUGUAACACGUGUUGGAGGGAUUUUUGCCGAUGUGUCUGUCAAGUUCAGAGCAGUGCCCAUGACCGCUAGAGCUGGAGAGGACUACAGUGUGGCUUCUUCCGAUGUGGUUCUGCUUGAAGGAGAGAGCAGCAAGCCCGUCCCUAUCCUCAUCAUCAACGAUUUGGUACCUGAGCUGGAGGAAACUUUCCGAAUUGAGCUUCUCAACUUAACAACCGGGGGCGCUCUCCUGGGAGAGCUCACACAGGCUGUCAUUUCUAUUCUGCCCUCAGAUGAUCCAUAUGGAUCUUUUGUUUUUCAGGCUUUGCCUAUCACAAUAGAGGAACCAGCGGUGAAUGCUUUUGAGGUCUCUCUACCCAUAGUGAGGAAUGCUGGAACUAUAGGUGAUGUAGCUGUUCAAUGGAGAGCCACUGUCAAUGGAAGACCUGCCACUGGUGACCUUCGACCUUUGUCUGGUGAAGUCAGAUUUGCUCCUGGGGAGACCAUAAAGACACUGAAAGUAGAAGUUUUGGCUGAUGAUGUAGCUGAAAUUGAAGAGGUUAUAAAGUUAGAGCUCAUAAAUGCCACAAACGGUGGGAACAUUGGUGCUGAGAAAGUGGUUGACAUCAUUGUUCCUGCCAAUGACAACCCUCAUGGAACUGUGUACUUUGAGCAAGCUGUAUACCAUGUGCAGGAACCACUUGGAGGGGUUUUUAGUGCCAACAUUACAGUUCGAAGAAGUGGAGGUACAUUUGGCUUCCUGGAGAUCCUUUACAGCACCUCAGAGAUUGAUGUUGUAAGCUAUGCUUUAAAGGAUGGCCGGGACUUUCUGGUUUACUAUAACUCUCCAUUGGCUGGAGCUCUUUCUAAUGGCCUCAGCAGACCCAUCAACAUCACCUCAGGCACAAACGUCUUGAAUUUCUGUGCAGCUUUCUGUCUUCGAGAGCAAGCUUGUCAAGCUUUCAGCUACACAAACACCUCCAGGGCAAAUUGCAUCUGGGUAGCAUCUGGGGCCAGCCAACUAAGUGCUGCCCAACAAACCCUCACCUAUUUAAAAAAUACCACAGCAGCCGCUUUGCUGUUUAGCUCACAGGCUGUUGGCGGAAGUGACUACAUAACCAUGACAGCUCAGAAAGCAACCAUGCUCGCCAGAUCGACGGCUGCUAACCUCACAGUACCAAUCUUGACUGACUCUUUCCCAGAGGUUGAUGAGAGUUUCUUGAUUAAGAUCCUGAGCGUCAACUUGAUCAACAUGACCACAACUACCAAUAAUUUGCCAACAAUACAGCAGCCAGACACUGCUUUGGUUACUAUAGGCAUGAAUGGAGAUGCAUUUGGAAUAUUUCUGCUUUACAGCAUUAGCCCCAGUGCUACUAAAGAUGGGCUGUAUCUGGAGGUAAUAGAGGAACCAAAAACUACAGUGUUGUUGGUUAUUGAGAGAAGAGGAGGCAGUAUGGGACAGGUGACAGUGGAGUGGAAGUAUGUUGGGGGCAGUGCCACACCCAACGCUGACUUUAGUUGGACGGGGGAGACCCUUAUAUUUGCACAGGGUGAUGUAAAGAAAACCCUUGAGUUUGUCAUCAUAGAUGACAUGGAACCUGAGGACAAUGAGACCAUACAGAUUGGGUUAGUGAGGACUGAGGGUGGUAGCCGUAUCCUGCCAAAUUCAGACAUGGUCACUAUCCUUAUUCUUGCAAAUGACAAUGCAGCUGGCAGGGUGGGCUUCCACACAGCCUCAAGAACAGUUGUCAUCAAAGAGGGUGAGAGUUUAUCACUGUUGGUGGAGAGAACAGCGCCUGCUAUUGGAAAUGUCACAGUGGAGUGGAGGAUUGAAGGCCCUCAAGUCUUAAUGACAUUUGUAGACACUUCAGGAACUCUUUUCUUCUCUGAGGGUGUGCUAAAUAAUACCAUAAUCUUAAAGUUGCUGGAGUAUACCACACCAGAAGAACGACAGGAGUACAGGGUUAUUCUAUCACAUGUACAAACCAAAGGCGUUACCAUAACAGGCAUGGCAGCUCUAAGCGUUCAGGGUAGUGAAGCAGUGGUUAGUGUGGAAGCUAGUGAUGAGCCGUUCGGCUUGCUCAGCAUUGCCCCCACUUCUCUGAAGAUAACCACAGAGGAAAAACACACAAUCAUCAGAAUUUAUAUAAACAGAGAGUUUGGUCGAUCAGGUGCUGUAAAUAUAAGCUAUCAGACUGUGAAAGGUUCUCUGCAAGACCUCAGACAGACAGAUGGAGCUCUAGCUGAACCAGGGCAGGAUUUCAGAUACGUCUCCAGUUCUGUGAUCAUGCAGAAUGGACAAACAUCUGUAUCAAUCCCCAUCACCAUCAUAGAUGAUGACAUACCUGAGUUGGAAGAGUUUUUCCUUGUCAAUAUAACAUCAGCUAUUCUCAUAACCACCCUUCCUACAGCACCUACACUGAAUACUGAAGGCCUCAUUGCGGAGAUUAGCAUUGAUCCUAAUGAUGGAAUCCAAGGGAUUGUUGGCUGGCAAAACGUUAACUAUUUUGUUAAUGAGACUAUUGGGGUUUUAACACUGGUGGCCUAUAGAGAUGCUGGGACAUAUGGAAAUGUCUCUUUGUUCUUCUAUGCCCAGAAUAUAGAGGCUCAAUUGGGUCUGGAUUUUAAUACCACCCUAUCAAUAAUCCACUUUGAGGAUGGAGAACAGCACAAGUAUAUUGAAGUGGAGAUUUUGGAUGACACCAUUCCUGAAGGGGAUGAAACAUUCCAGCUAAUCCUAGCAAGCCCAUCGGCAGGGCUGGAACUAGGAGAAAACACUACAGCUACUGUUACUGUUUUUGCCAAUGAUGAUGGCCAUGGAAUCAUAUCCUUCAAUAAUAGUGAACAUUUCCUAUUAAGAGAGCCCACCUCUGUAUCAGGUCUGGGGGAGAGUGUUGCUACCCUUUACAUCAUACGAGACCCUCCUCAGGGCAUAUUUGGCACUGUAACAGUCCAAUUCAUCAUUACUGAUGCCAAUGGAUCCGUCUACACUGAUGAUCUCACACCUUCCUAUGGCUUUGUGGUGCUUGAGGAUGGAAUCAGAUUUAAGACUUUGGAGAUCUGGGCUGUUCUGGAUGCAGAACCCGAGAUGAAUGAGACAUUCACAGUAACACUUUGGAACCCUACUGGAGGUGCUCGGUUAGGACAAUCACUACAGACUUCUAUCACAGUAUUGCAAAACCAGGCUCCUCUAGGACUCUUCAGAAUAUCAUCAUCAUUUAACAGGACUCUGGACAAAAUGACAGUAGAAGAACACACUGGAAGUGUGUUUUUGACUGUGUCUCGCAGUAAUGGGCUGGAAUCGGUCGUCAGUGUGGAAUGGGAGACCCGUUCAGGCACAGCUUUUGGAAUGAGGGGGGAUCAUCCAGCGCUGCUCAUGUAUCAGUCUCUCAGGGACAGCUUGGCAUCAGUUUGGUGUCUAGUGCCCAAUGAAGACUAUGUUGUGGUUUUGAGGCUGCUUAAAGGUCCAGCUCAGAGCCAGGCUAUUCUCUACAGGUGGAAGGGGGUCUUUGUGCCUGUAGAGAUAAUCAGCAUCCAUAGUCCCAGCUCUUGUGUGGGUUUCACAGUAAAUGGCUCCAGCUAUGUGGCAGUGUCUCAUGCAACUAACACCACACCAACUGCCACAAUCAGCUUAUUUCGACUUCAGGCAGAUUUCAACCUCACUCAAGAGCAGACUUUUGCUGUAAGUGGCUAUGGUGUUAAGCAUUUCUAUGCUGAAUCUCAACUAUAUAUGAUUGCUUCUAGUGAGAUUUUUCUGCGACUUAGAGACUCAUUUUCUCUCCAUCAAAAUCUGGAUUUACAAAGCAUUACCACAUUUGAACCCUUUAGACGAAACAGUGGUACUUUACAACACUUGGCUGUGUGCAUGAACAGAACAUCAGAUACAUGUCUCAUCUACCAGUGGAUCAAUGAACGUUUCCAGAACCCUCAACCGCUAGCAGUCAAUGCAAUAGUUAAACAAGUGAAGUCAUUUCAUAUAGGAGGAGAUACAUUUCUUAUUGUUGUUACCGAAGGUCCAAACCCAACAUGUAUGGUGUUUAUGUGGGGUUCUCAGCAAAGCUUCUUCCAGCAGUCACAAUCCAUCCCAUUUCCAGGCCUUUUUACAGUCCAUCCUUUUACCCCCCUUUCUGGAAUAUCUUAUCUUUUGCUUGCGGGUCUAAAUGGUUCAGCCUUGUAUACAUGGAGGUCAGAUUUAAGACAGUUUGCUGAAGUUCUGAAGUACCUAUCUGCACAAGAGUUUCUGUACGUUCCUGUUCCAUCCUUUAAUUUUACCAAGAGUCUUAUCAUAGCCACUGGAGAGUCAAAUGCUGACGUAUAUGAGCUGACCUCAGUUUCCAAUCAAUCCGACUUCAUUGCCAAUUCAGGAGAGCUGUUUUUCCAGCCUGGUGUGCGUGAGCUAGAAAUUGCAGUGACUGUGAUCGAUGAUGAUGUUCCUGAGGAAGAAGAACACUUUUGUGUCAGUCUCAUGAAACCCAAAGGAGGAGCAGAGAUUGGCGUUCGUGGUCAAGUGACCCUCUUCAUUCCUGCAAAUGAUGGUGCUUAUGGGAUUAUAGGCUUUGCACAGAACUCUUUAAUGCGACAGGUGGAUGAGCUAGUGGAUGAUAACCCUGUGUCUCUAAGCAUUGAGAGGAGGAGAGGCAGGUUUAGCAAACUGAUGGUAUACUGGAGUGCCUAUGGAAAUCUGGAUGACAUUUUCCCCACUUCAGGAGUGGUAACUUUUUCUGAAAGUCAGGCGGUUACUACCAUCUCUCUGAAUGUAAUAGCUGAUGACAUUCCAGAACUAGCUGAAAAAAUCUCCAUUGUCCUAACAAGGAUCACAACCAUUGGCUUAACUGAUCCAUCCAGAGGAGCCACGAUCGACCCUCAGCGUGGUCAAGCAAACCUCACUAUAAGAGCCAAUGGUUUUCCAUACGGAGUAAUUGGUUGGCACCUCGAUUCCCAAUACUUCAUCACGCCAGAGCCUCAAAAAAGUCCAAGCAACAUUACACUCAGUAUUGUGAGAGAUCAAGGAGCAACAAGGGACAUAUUAGUUCACUACACAACCAAAGUCGCCCUCCACCUGCCUCCUGUCAAUCAGGCUAGCGAGGGCAUUGACUAUGUUGCAAAAGAAGCCACAGUUAUCAUGAAGGAAAAUGCUACUGUUGUUUUUGUCACCGUUAUUAUCCUGCCGGAUAACAUUCCUGAGCUGGCUGAGACAUUUCUUGUAAACAUCACUGAAGUUAAACUGGUAGGUGAAGACACAGGAGCAGGUCAGCCUACUGUGAGGAGACCUGGCCUGGAAAUUGCUGAGGUUACCAUACAAGAAAACGAUGAUCCAAGAGGAGUCCUCAGUUUUAACGUCUCAAAGGAUGUGUCUGGGUCAGUGCUGGCCUAUGAGGUACCACCACCUGCAAACAUUCUUCAUCUGGCCGUCAUGAGAACAGCUGGUCGAACUGGUCGAAUAGUGCUUUACUGGGAGGCCCAGGCAGUCACAGCCAACACUGAGGACAUUAGUCCUUUCUCGGGAAAUCUCACCUUUCAAGACGGACAGAAAGUGGCCAGUAUUGAGAUCACCAUCACUGAUGACACAAUUGUGGAGGCUACCGAGACUUUUAUUGUAAAACUGGUUCGAGUGAUAGGAGGUGCCCGGUUAGGCAACGAGACGUCUAUAGUUAUCAGCAUCCCAGCCAAUGAUUCUCCCUUUGGUCGGUUUGGUUUUGAGGAGCUAAUGGUCUCUAUCUCCGAGCCUCAGUUUGUGAAUGAUCCUACUUCUAUAGCUACACUGACUGUAGUUAGGAGCUCUGGAGAAGGAAUGGUUAAUUUGAUCUGGCUCUUGCAGGAAGAGGGCAAAGAUGACCUGAUGCCUCGUAAUGGGACUCUCAUAUUUAAUGGAACUGAGUCAAAGAAGACUCUAAUGAUUAAGGCCUUGGCUGAUGCCUUCUUAGAGGGAGAAGAAAAGUUCCCCAUCCAGCUUCUGUCUGCAAAGAAUGAACCAGUUAUAGAUCCAGUUAGAGGUGUUGCUACGGUUGUUAUUCAAGCCGAUAUGGGAGCCCUGGGAACUGUUGGAUUAGCUGAUUCCAGCAGGAACGUCUUUAUUGGAGAGCCAAUAGGAAAUUACAAUGGAACAGCUCUGGUUAGUCUAGUAAGAGGUCCGGGUAUCUUUGGUGAAAUAGAGAUCUACUGGAACAUUACCCCACUGGUGGAAAAAGAGUUUGAGGAGAACUCAGGCAAAGUCAUCAUGAAAGAUCGCCAAUCUGCUGCUACGAUUCAGCUUAAGGCACUAGAUGAUGACAUCCCAGAGGAAAAAUGUAUAUAUCAGCUAAACCUGAGUUCUCUCACCCCUGGAUCAUCAGUUAACCCUGACAGACAACAUGCUACCAUUACUAUGGUUGCCAGUGAUAUUCCUUAUGGACUCUUCUCACUUUCCCAACAGUCUCUACAUGCCACUGAAGAGGACAGAGCUGUUAAUGUCAGCGUUUUUCGCUCCAUGGGUCUGUUUGGCAGUGUGUGGGUCAGUUAUCAUACAGAGAGUAGAACUGCGAUCAGUGGGCACGAUUUUGAACAGUCUUCCGGUCAACUGCUUUUCAGGCCUGGGGAGGCCUCAAAGGUUAUCACGCUCACUAUACUUGAUGAUAAUCUUUCAGAGGGACCAGAGGAAUUUUUUCUCAACAUUACCCUAGUGGAACUUUUGAAUGACAGUUCAGUGGAUUUUACAGUGAAAGAAAACAGUCUUCAGAUUGACCAGCCUCCUGCCAUUGGCAAUCUGUCCUCCAUUAUGGUGAUUAUCCAGAAAAACGACAACGCUGAAGGCUUGCUGGAGUUUGACCUGGAAUUUGUUAACAUCACUGUUGAAGAAGAUAUAGGUGUUCUGUCCAUCCCUGUAUUGAGGCGUAUUGGAUCCUAUGGGCAGGUCACAGCACAUUUCAUUUCCAGAGGUUUGACAGCACACUCAGACUUAGAUUACAUCCUGCCCAAUGGAUCCAUCACCUUUCAGCAUGGCCAGAUCCAGAGUUACAUCAACAUUUCCAUAGUAGAUGAUUUGGAGAGUGAAUUCAAUGAGAUUUUUGAGAUGCAACUCACUGAUGUCAUAGGAGGUGCCAUACUUGGAGCUCACUUAAUUGCACAGGUUACAAUUGCCAAGAGUGAUUCACCAAAUGGUGUUGUACGAUUCAUCAACCAAAGCGCCAUUACCAUCCCAAACCCCAACAGUACCCUCAAGUUGAACCUGCUUGUAGAGAGAACAGAGGGAUUGCUUGGGGACGCCAAGGUAACCUGGCACAUUUUAGGUCCAAACUCAAAUGAGGUUUUGCCAUCGGUAAACACAGACAUUAGUGAACCAGUGAAUGGCUCAUUUAGUUUCAGAGAUGGGGAAGGGGGCAUCCGCAACAUUGAGCUGAAGAUUCUGCCUCAUGGUGAGGUAGAGGUGACUGAGAAAUUUAUUGUUGUGCUGAGUAUCCUCUCAGGAGAGAUGGAUGUUGAUCCCAAAGCUGGAUUUGUCACACUCAUGAUUGAGAAGUUUGGGGACCCAAAUGGCAUAGUCCAGUUUACAGAGCAGGACCUGAAAGAGCGUAUUUACAGUGAGCCUUUUGACAGCGAAGGGCCACUUACAAUCUCAUUCCUUGUUACCCGCAGAGAGGGUGUGAUGGGUAACAUCACGGUUUUCUGGAAGAUAAUUAGUGAUGCAGACAUAACAGAAGAUUUUUCAGCCCUGCAGGGUUUUGCCACCAUCAGGGAAGGGCAGCGCGUGGCAGAGAUCAUCCUCACCCUGCUGCCAGACUCUGUGCCAGAGCUGGAGGAAACCUACACUCUCUGUAUAAUCUCUGUGGAGGGUGGUGCAGAACUGGAUGCAAUUCGAAGCAGUACCCUUUUAAAGGUCCAGGCCAAUGACGAACCCCAUGGGGUGUUUGCCCUCUAUCCUCAAAACCAGGCAGUGAAGGUUAACACAGUGGACCAAAGCAGGCACUUAAUUAUCAGCGUCAACAGGCUGGCUGGGCCAUUUGGCAAUGUCAGUGUGAGUUACACAAUCCGUUUCACCACCCCUGAGCAGAGUUUUAUAGAGGACACAAUUACUGGAAACAUACUGAUGAAGAAUGGGGAACGUGAGGCUAGUGUUGAAGUGCCAUUAAGUAGCCAGGUGUUCUUUCCGAAGGGCUUUAACUUCAGCGUGGAGCUGAGGAAUGUGACACUGAUUGGUUCUCUGCUCAGCUCCCCACCAAGAAUCCAAAUUCAGUCGAAUCAGGCCAUUGUCACUGUUCCUGAAAUGGCAGCUAAUGCUGAGGUUGGAUUUGCUUCUUUAGCCCUAUGGGUCACAGAUAUAGAGAGUGGCCAGUGUGAGGCGCUGUUGGUACGGACUGGUUUGUUUGGGAAUGUAACUGUCCGAUGGACUGCGGGAUUCCCUCCUGGCCAAACUCCCGCAGGCUACCACCCAGGAGACAUCUCACCAAGAUCAGGCAGGGUAAUGUUUGCCCAUGGUCAGCAGAGUGAGGUGAUAUCUCUCAAUGCCGUUUAUAACACGUCAGGUGUUGCAGCACAUGCCAUUUACCUGACCUCAGUGGAGUCAGAUUCACCUGGAGGUGCCAGACUCAGAACUGGUCACACAGUAGCUGAGGUGGAGCCAUUAGGAUUGUAUCAGUUUAACCCUGCAACUCAGAAGAUGGUUAUAGAGGAGGACGUGCAAACCAUCACCCUCUAUGUCCAACGCCUCUAUGGCUUUCGUAGCAACCGUUCCAGCAUCUCCUAUGAGACAUGGCCUGGUACUGCCCAAGCUGGAAAGGACUUUGCACCAGUAACUGAUGGCCAGCUCCUGUUUGAUUCCCACCAAAUAUCUGCUGCCAUUCGCCUUUCCAUUCUAGAUGAUUCCUUAACAGAACCAGACGAGACUUUUUACGUAAAUUUAACCAGUGUGCAUGCUCUUAGUGCCAGUUUGCCUUCAGUUGAAGCUCAGCCCCGCAUUGUAGUGCAACAUAGUGUAGUUACCAUUACCAUCCUUGCUAACGAUGUGCUUGGUGGAUUCUUGAGUAUUGAACCUGCACUAAUUCACAUUUCUGAAGAUAGCCAGGAGGAGAUGCCUCAACAGAAGUUAGCCCUGAGGGUCCGGAGGACAGUAGGGCUCACAGGAGUGGUGCAUGUCAAAAUCAAAGCUUACACAGGGAGUCUGAAAAGCCUAGAGGUGAAUGUUACCCAGUUUCAUCAUGAGCAUAAUGGAACAUGGGCUCUGGAAGGGGAGGAUUUUGCCUUGGAAACCCAGACCGUCACAUUGUUGGAAGGGCAGAACGAGUUGGAGUUCAGUGUUGUUAUAUUGAAUGAUCAAGAACCAGAAGGACAAGAAGCGUUCUUAAUCUACCUAAGCGAGGCUGAUGGCGGAGCAGAGAUUGUCAGCAUGCCAGAUGAACUGGGGUUCACAUCCUUUUCCAAAAUCAUUAUUCUGGGGAGUGAUCUUCAGAAUGGUAUUGUUGGCUUCAGUUGGAGUUCUCUGUCAGGUCAAAUACUUGAUGAGGACUCUGAGAACAGGACAGCCAUGCUCUUUCUUCAAAGACAGGAAGACAGAGCGUUUGAAGAUGUAUUGGUAUUUUGGCGGGUCACAUUUAGCACUACAGUUCACUCUGUGGUUGAACAUGGAGUGAACCUGACCAGAGAGCUGCAGCAGACCCAAGGCACAGCACUCUGCAUGAAAGGAAAAUUACUUUGUCCCCUCAGACUGGAGGUUCGGCCUGACAAGGAUCCAGAGUACCAAGUCUGGUUUCUGGUGGAGGUCUAUGAAGUGGGUGAGGGUGCUGCCAUAAACCAAACUGCCCGCUUCGCCAAUGUCACCAUACUGGAAAGUGAUGACCCAUGGGGAGUGGUGUUCUUCGCCCAAGGAUCCAGACUUCCUGUGGUUACCCUUAGAGAAACAAGGAUAAGUCUUCAUGUCUACAGGGAUGCCAGUACAGCGUCUGCAAUUUCUGUCAAGUACAGCAUGCAGGAGCUUCAGAAUGCAGAGUCCAUUGGCCCUACUUUAAUCUGGCCUGCAGUAGCAGGUCAGGACUUCAUUAAGGCAGAGGGUACCCUGACGUUUGACAUCGGACAGAGAAGUGCCAACCUAGAUGUGGCCCUCAAAUCUGCCCUUAGUUCCUCCAACCCAACGCCUAAACGCUUCCAUGUGAUUCUUUCUGAUGCUACUGGUGGGGCUCGGGUUCACCCAGAUUUCGGGUGGUCUAAUGUGACUCUGGUUUCAGACUCUGAGACUCAGGUGGUUUGGUCCCUGCUGGAUCAGUUACAUCAGCCUCUGGAUGAGACCAUCAUUAACAGAGUCCUGCAGGGGAUAAUCAAUAAAGUUAUUAAGGACAUCACUCAAGAGCAGCUAACAGCAGUGCUAGAUGCACUAAGCAAGAUUUUGAAGGAUGCUGAACAAACUUCACUAAAAGACAGCAGCCGUAGCUUGACCUAUGAUCUCAUGUGUGCCAUGGCAAACCCCAAUCGAGUAGAUACACGAGGUCUGAGCCAGAUGGCUGAAGUGGCAGAACGUUUUGCCUUCACAUUGGUCACAGACACUGAGUGUGGGGCUGGUGAAAAGAGAGGCAGAACCAUACUGGACACUUGUCCCUAUUUCACCAUAGCUGCUCAUCACUGGUACCCCACUCAGAUCAAUGGACACACAUUUACAGGAAGAAACUUAGACACAUUCACUCUGCCUGAGACCCUACUGGAGGUACCGCCCCUGCCCACAGAGAGCAUGCCCCUGUCCGCUUGCCGCAAACUGCACUUUACUGAAUACAGUACUGAACACUGGUUCCUCACCAACACCAAAGCCAGCGCACUAAAUGAAAAAGUUUUUUCUGUCAGUAUUCAGAGUAGAGGUUCUAAACCUCUCGCUGUGGGUCAAGAAGUUGUUUACCGUAUACACACACCAAAAAGACAUGGAAAACCUCGUCAGUCUCUGUGUCUGCUAUGGAAUCAGGCUGCUAAGAGCUGGUUGUCUGAUGGUCAGUUCUGUCAUUUGGUAGACGACAGUCAGAAUUUCGUGGAGUGUGCCUGCUCACAUCUGUCUGUCUACACAGCAUAUACAGAGACAGCAAGUUUUGUCUCAUUUAACGAGGCAUUCUAUGCUGCAGGCUUCAUUUGUAUCUCAGGGUUUGCCAUGGCCAUUGUGUCACACAUACUGUGCUCUAGAUUCCUCAUGUUUUCUGCUAAACUCCUUACACACAUGAUGGUUGCCUGCUUAGGAACUCAGAUUUGUUUCCUGGUGUCUGCUUUCCGAGGGCGGAUGUUCUCAGAGGACAGCUGUUCUACUCUUGGUCUUUUCCUUCAUUACUUCCACCUAAGCCAGUUCAGCUGGAUGCUCAUACAGGCCAUUAAUUUUUGGGAGAUAUUGGUGAUGAAUAAUGAGGAUACAGAAAGACACUAUGUUCUCUACUUUCUGCUCAGCUGGGGUCUUCCUGCUCUGGUCAUUACCUUCCUGGUCAUAGUCCUUCUAGGAGGUUGUGAAUGGAGUAUUCACAGUGUUUAUGGCCUGGUGCAAGGAGAUCUGUGCUUUAUUCCAAAUGUAUAUGCUGCUCUUUGUACGGCCGCCCUGGUUCCACUCAUUUGUUUGGUGGGGGUCCUGGUGAUCAUCAUCCAUGCAUAUCAGGUCACUCAGCAAUGGAAGGCUUAUGAUGAUAUCUACCGAGGUCGUACUAACCGCUCAGAGGUUCCCAUGAUGCUCUACCUAUUUGCUCUGGUAACUCUUGUUAGCCUGUGGGCUGGACUACACAUGGCAUAUAGAUACCUGUGGAUGCUGAUAAUCCUUGUUAUCUUCAACAUCUUUUUGGGUCUGUACGUGUUUUUCGUGUACUUCAUCAUGCAUAAUCAGUUUUUCUGGCCGGCUAAGGCAACAUACACCAUUGAGAUGAAUGGUCAUGGCAGUCCAGUUUUCAUGUACCAGGGUGGAGGUUCUGCUACUGUUGGCGGAGGAGAAAUCAGCAAGUCUACCCAAAGCCUCAUAAGUGCCAUGGAAGAGGUCUCUGCAGACUGGGAGAGAGCAUCUUUAAGACCCAGCAGUCAACCCAGCAGUGUUUUUAAGCACUCGACUCAGGAUAAGACCACUAUCACAGAAGGGGGCUUCAUCAACAGUAAUUUAGUACAAGACGAAGAAUCACAAGACUUUGAUGACCUAAUAUUUGCCUUAAAAACUAGUUCUGGUCUCAAUGUGAGUGACAGUGAGUCAGCCCAUGGCAGUCACGAUGGAGGGAGCAUGGCUAACUCUCAGAUCGUAGAACUGCGACGAAUUCCUAUUGCAGACACACAUCUCUAA